UGUAUCAAUAUCUCUGCCGUCAUGCCGUCUGAGUUGGAGAGAUCCAUGGAGUCCCUGAUCACGGUGUUCCAUCGCUAUGCCGACAAGGACGGUGACAGCAACACACUGAGCAACAAGGAGCUGAAAGAACUCAUGCAAACAGAACUGGCCAGCUUCCUCAAGGUACCAGAUACAUUAAUCUCUCUCUCUCUUUUCUAUCCCUCUGUUUUUAUCUCACUGUCCCUCUACACUUUCUCUCUGUUGCUCAUCUCACUCCCUUUCCCUCUCGUUAUGAUUUCUCUCUCACUUUGUUAGAAUAAAGAGUAUCCAAAGUCAAUCUAACUUCCUCUCCCCUCCUCCCAUCUUUUGCACUCUCUCUCUCUCUCUCUCUCUCUCUCUCUCUCGCUCGCUCGCUCUCUCUCUCUCUCGCUCUCUCUCGUUCUCCCUCGCUCUCUCUCGCGCUCUCUUACUCUCUCUCGCUCUCUCUCUCUCUCUUACUCACUCUCUUCAUCUCCUCCAUCUCACCUUCCCUCUCAGUCCCAGAAGGACCCAGCCGCCAUAGACAAAAUCAUGAAGGAUCUGGACCAGAAUGGUGAUGGGAAGGUGAACUUCGAGGAGUUUGUCUCUCUGGUGGUGGGCCUUUCCAUCGCCUGUGAACAGAUCUACCAGCUCCACAUCCUGAAGGUUGCCGGCAAGAAAUGA